AUGCCACCUGCCAGUGCCCAUCAGUGCCACAUCAAUGCCACAUAUCAGUGCCUACCAGUGCAUAUCAAUGCCACAUAUCAGUGCCCAUAUGAGCUGCCUUUCAGUGCCACCUAUCAAAGCCAGUCAGCGCCACCCAUCAGUGCCACCUAACAGUGCCAGUCAGUGCUGCCUAUCAGUGCCAUAUAUGAGCGCUGCCUUUCAGUGUCCAUCAGUGAUGCAUGUCAAUGCCCAUCAGUGCCACCUACCACCUAUCAGUGCCCAUCACUGCAGCCUCAUUAGCGCACAUCAGUGAAGGAGAAAAAUCACUUAUUUACAAAAUUUUAUAACAGUAAGUAAGAAAAAAAAAAAAAAACGUUUUUUUUCAUAAUUUUCAGUUUUUGGUUUGUUUAG